GGGCACUAACCGAUAUAUGGCAGCGAUCGAAACCGAGUACCGGCACGUGUACAUCGCCGACGCGCUCCGCAACGCCGCGCUCGGGCACGCGUCCAACUACGUGCGCACGGCCAAGUACUCGAGCUGGAGCUUCCUCCCGCUCUUCCUUUUCGAGUCGUUCCAGAAGGUCGGGAACGGGUACUUUCUACUCGUCGCCGUCCUCCAGUGCAUCCGCGCCAUUAGCAACACGAACGGCGUGCCUGCGACCUUGCCGACACUCACCUUUAUCCUCUGCGUCGACGCCACCUUUGCGAUACUCGAGGAUCUCAAGCGCCGCCGCGCCGACCGCAUCGCCAACGGCCGCGCCACGCGCAAGCUCGCGGCCCAUGGCGCUUUUGUCGAAGUGCUUUGGGCCGACAUCCGCGUCGGCGACAUUCUCGAGAUCCGCAACCACGAGCCGAUCCCAGCCGACGUCUUGCUCCUGAGUGUCCCCAAUGACGUGGGCAGUAGCACGUGCUAUGUCGAAACCAAGUCGCUCGAUGGCGAGACCAACCUCAAGCAGCGCCAAGCCGUGCCGACGACGCAGCAUGCGACAACACCGUCGACGCUCUCGGCCUUGCGCGGCCACGCGACCGUCGAGCGACCAAAUCACAGCAUCCACACGUUUCAAGGUGUCUUGCAUGUGGUCCACGCGUCCGAUACGACGCCGGCCGCCUUGUCGACAUCCAACAUGCUCCUGCGCGGGUCGACCUUGCAGAGCACGGCCCGUGUUUAUGGCCUCGUCAUCACCGCGGGCAUGGAGACGAAGAGCAUCAAGGGCAAUCGGCCGACGCCGUCCAAGCGCAGCGCGCUCGAGCGACGCAUCAACUUGUACGUGCUCGCGCUGGUCGGCCUCCUCGUUGUCUUUUGCACCGGCGCCGCCACCGCCAGCGUGCUCUGGACAUCCUCGGCGCAGUCGGCUCACUACCUCGGGCCAGAGUUGCGCGCGAGCUGGGUCGUCACCUUCUUUUACUACUUUCUCCUCAUGUACCAGUUCGUGCCGAUUUCGCUGUAUGUUUCGAUGGGCACGGCCAAGUUUGCGCAAGCGAGGUUCAUCGAGUGGGACCUCGGCAUGUACCACGCCAGCAGCAACACCCCGGCGGCCGUGCGCUCGAUGGGGCUCAACGAAGACCUCGGGCAGAUCUCGCACCUCGUGACCGACAAGACCGGCACGCUGACGUCCAACAUAAUGCAAUUUCGCAAGUGCAGCAUCAAGGGCGUCGCGUGCGGCGCGCGCUGCGACCGCCCCAAACCGAUCAAGCGCAACUCGACCAAGGUCCACGUGCCCAUGUCGUCGCCAGCCUUUGAUGAAAGCGCGCUCGUGGAACUGACCAACAUUGCCCACAGCCCCGACGGCCGGCGCUUCUUCAUCCUGCUGGCCGUGUGCCAUACGGUGCUGCAGGACGAAGAUGGCGCGUACUCGGCUGCCUCGUCCGACGAGCUUGCGCUUGUGCUCGGGGCGAAAGCGGUCGGCGUGGUCUUUACGUCGCGGUCGCCGACGACCAUUAGCAUCACGGUGCACGGCAACGAGCUCACGUUUGACAUCCUCGCCGUCCUCGAAUUUGACUCGAACCGCCGACGCAUGUCGAUCGUGCUGCGGGAUAUCGCCAACGACGUGAUCGUGGUCUACACCAAAGGCGCCGACGUCAACGUGGCGUCCGUCUUGCGUCGUCCUCUCAGCGAGAGUGCAGUAACAAUGCGCGCCGACACGAUGCGACACGUGCAAGACUAUGCAGGCGAAGGUCUCCGAACACUCCUCUGCGCGUACAAGGUCGUCGACGAAGCGUGGUACCUUGGCUGGGCCGAGCGGUACGCGGCCGCGGCUCAGUCACUACCGGAUGUCGACCGGCGGCAGAAAGGCCUUCCGAACGCCAUCGACAAGUGCUUCGCCGAGAUGGAAGCCGAUUUGGAGCUGCUGGGUGCGACGGCGAUCGAAGACAAGUUGCAGGAUGGCGUUGGCGAGACGCUCCAGGCGCUCCGGGCCGCCGGCAUCAACCUCUGGAUGCUCACAGGCGAUAAGGAAGAGACGGCCAUCAACAUUGGCCGCGCGACGCAUCUCAUUUUGCCAGAAAUGCGGUGCCUUGCCGUCUCGGAAGCCAGUGCAACCUCGGCGGCGCUUGCUUUGGCCGAGCUCACGGCACUCAGAGCGCAGCUCGAGGCCCGGGGCGCCAUCACCAUUGCCCGCCCUACGCGCCCCCCGCCAGGACGCCGCCGCACCACGAGCGCCACCUCAGUCACGGACUGGUCCAAGUCGCGCUGGACGUUGACAGCGUCGCGGAUCUCGAUCCGUGCGCCGUCCGUCGUCGCUGAGACGGGCCACGCGCUCAUCGUCACGGGCGCGAUCCUCGACCACGUGUUCUCGAAUGGCGCGUGCUCCGACAUGUUUGGGGCCGUCGCUGAGCGCUGCUCGACGGUGAUUGCGUGUCGCGUGUCGCCGGCGCAAAAAGCGAGCCUCGUGCGCCUCCUCAUGCGCUUGGAUCCCACGAGCCGCGUGUUGGCGAUCGGCGAUGGCGCCAACGACGUGCCGAUGCUGCAGGAAGCCCACGUCGGCGUGGGUAUUUCGGGCCAAGAAGGACUCCAAGCCGUCAACGCAAGCGACUAUGCAAUCGCCCAGUUUUCGUAUUUGCGGAAUCUGCUCCUCGUGCACGGUCGCUCCAACUACGAACGUAUUUCCAAGCUCGUCUUGUACAUUUUGUACAAGAACAUUCUGUUGAUCACGGCGCAAUUCUGGUUUGCACUCUUCACCGGCUUUUCGGGUCAGAAACUGUACCUCGAAGUCGGCGUCCAGCUCUACAACGUCGCGUUCACGUCGUUGCCGAUUGUGCUUCUUGCGGUGCUCGACGCCGACUUGCCGCGGGAGCUUGUUUUGCAGCUGCCGUUUCUCUAUAAGGCCGGACCGAACCACUUUCACCUAAACCACGGUCGGUUUGCCAUUGCAAUUGGCUCGGCGCUUCUCGAGUCCCUUUGCCUCACGAGCUGCGCGGUCGCGGCGCUCGAGAAGAGCGAUGUGCAUGGUGCAUCGCCGGGGCUGUGGCUCCUUGGCAUGGUCGUGCUCACGAGCGUCAUCGUGCUCGCGAACCUCAAACUCGUGUGGUGGCAGCAUGCGAUUCUACCGGCGAACGCACUCGCCUAUAUCUCGUCGAUCGGGCUAUGGGGGGUUAUAGCUGUUCUCUGCUCCGAGUGGUUUUUCUUAUCGGGCUUUGCGUGGGAGCGCAUGAUGGACGUUGGGACGUCGCUUCCGGCGGUGUGGCUCACCUGGCUCUUGGUGGUCGUCACGCUGCUGCUGAGCACGACCGUUGCACUACGCGCCUUUGCGACCAUGGUCCACCCAACGUGCAGCGACAUUGUCAAGGAAAUCCAAGCGUUCCGCGCGCCCAACGCCGACGUUGGGCCGCUCGUACAAGGUCUGGUCAACAGUGUCAAGGCGGUCCCUGCCACCGACUCAAAGAGCCCGGCGCGCCUCGCGCCGAAUCCAUCCCUGCUGACGAUCCACGACAACUCGGGCAGCUCGCGAGCGAUUUUGCAUCGCCAGGACGACCAGGCGUAAGGCAAACUGAAGGCAUGCAAUGGUUUGGAACUCGUGACGUGGCAGCCCCAGGAUCAUUUGCGACAUGCCUCGGCUGCGAGGCGGUUUGCAGGCCUCCAUCAUCGCUGCAAGUGUGUGUGUGGGCGGCUAUGGCUGUGACGGUGAGCGUCGCACUAGUCCAGUGGUCUUGUGGCGCUGAUGCACAACGAGUCCGAACAAACCCAUUGCAUGUCAACUGGUUCUAGAAUGUAUGUUUUAAACAUAGUGUUUAAAACAUGUUGCAGUGUUGACAGC